ACAGGGUAAGAUCCCUGAGAUGAAUGGCGAUGAUCUCUUUUUAGUGAUGCUGGUUGAGGAAUGAAUGUUGGCCAGGAUAACGGAAGAAUUUGCUUCUCCAUUUUGGGAAAAAACGAAUGGAAUCCUCUACAUCUUCUUGACCACACAAACAAGGUCUCUAUUUUAUCAUUCUUCAGGAGGUGGGCAUCGCAGGGACGGCAGGAAUUUAUUGACAGUUCCUAGUUUCCCUUGAAGGUGGUGCUCGGCCUUGCUGAAGUAAUGUACUGAAGGUAUUACUGCAAUGUUGUUAGAAACCACCAGCAGUCCAACAAAAGAAAACUAUAGAAUGAAUCGUUACAAGAACAAAGCAUUAAAUCCUGAAGAGAUGCGUAGGAGAAGAGAGGAAGAAGGGAUUCAGCUAAGGAAACAAAAACGAGAACAGCAGCUGUUUAAAAGGAGAAAUGUGGAACUUAUAAAUGAAGAAUCUGCCGUAUUUGACAGCCCUCUCCUGGAUUCGUUUGUUAGCUCUUCUGCAGCAGGGGAGGGGAUGAUCACAAGAGAAAUGGUGCAGAUGCUUUUCUCUGAUGAUACUGAAUUGCAACUAGCAACCACUCAAAAGUUUCGUAAAUUGCUUUCCAAAGAGCCAAAUCCUCCCAUUGAUGAAGUGAUCAAUACAUCUGGCGUUGUGGAAAGAUUUGUUGAAUUUUUGAAAAGAAAUGAAAAUUGCACAUUGCAGUUUGAAGCAGCGUGGGCUUUGACAAAUAUAGCAUCUGGAACAUCUCUCCAGACCAAGGUGGUCAUAGAGGCUGGUGCUGUUCCCAUUUUUAUUAAGCUACUAAACUCUGAGUUUGAAGAUGUUCAAGAACAGGCAGUUUGGGCCUUGGGAAACAUUGCAGGUGACAGUGCAGUGUGCAGGGACUUUGUACUUCAUUGUGGGAUCCUUCCACCUUUGUUACAAUUAUUGACAAAAUCUAAUAGACUGACAAUGACUAGAAAUGCUGUUUGGGCACUGUCCAACUUAUGUAGAGGGAAAAAUCCACCUCCUGAUUUUGAGAAGGUGUCCCCGUGUUUAGCAGUGCUGUCCAGAUUAUUGUUCAGCAGUGACCCUGACUUGCUUGCAGAUGCUUGUUGGGCCUUAUCAUACUUGUCAGAUGGACCCAAUGAAAAAAUUCAAUCUGUUAUCGACUCUGGGAUUUGCAGACGAUUGGUGGAACUCUUAAUGCACAAUGAUUACAAAGUUGCAUCUCCUGCAUUAAGAGCUGUCGGUAACAUAGUGACUGGUGAUGAUGUCCAGACACAGGUCAUAUUAAAUUGUUCAGCUUUGCCGUGUCUCCUGCAUUUAUUAAGUAGUCCGAAAGAAUCCAUAAGAAAGGAGGCCUGUUGGACCAUUUCAAACAUUACAGCUGGGAAUCGAGCACAGAUUCAGGCUGUAAUAGAUGCAAGCAUCUUCCCAGUGCUUAUUGACCUGCUUCAAAAAGCAGAAUUCCGGACGAGAAAAGAAGCUGCUUGGGGCAUAACGAAUUCCACAUCCGGAGGAACGCCAGAACAGAUUCAGUACCUUGUAAAUUUGGGUUGCAUUAAGCCAUUGUGUGAUCUACUGACUGUUAUGGACUCAAAAAUAGUUCAGGUUGCCCUAAAUGGGCUGGAGAAUAUCUUAAGACUUGGAGAACAGGAAGCAAAACAGAAUGGAACAGGGAUCAACCCAUAUUGUAGCCUUAUUGAAGAAGCCUAUGGUCUCGAUAAAAUAGAAUUUUUGCAGAGCCAUGAGAAUCAGGAAAUCUAUCAGAAGGCAUUUGAUCUCAUUGAGCACUACUUUGGUGUGGAGGAGGAGGACAGCAGCAUUGCUCCACAAGUGGAUGAAAGUGCACAGCAAUUUCUAUUUCAGCAACAAGAAGCACCUAUGGAGGGUUUCCAGUUGUAAUGUGUUCAGCAAAAUACAAGCAGCCAAAUGCAGCCUCACCCACCUCCUCGCUCCCCUGUCCCAAUCACCACCACAUAUUAAGUUGAAUUGAGAGGUAAUUUUUUUUCAUUCCUUCAGGGAAAAAGUGUUUGAAGAGAUAAAUGAAUUUGGUACAAAAUGUUGUGCACUCUGCUUCAUUUGAAUCUAAGGAGUUAUGGGGUAACUGUUGCACUUCCCUUUGUUUAAUUCCCAUUACAUUGGAACCUGAUUUAUUUUCUGUGUGUGCAACAUACCUCAUCCAUAUGUAAAAGGCAAUUCUCCCAGAAAUAAAGCUGGUCGAAAUCCAGUAUAUAUCUUAAUUCUGCUGGAUUGAAUGCUUUAAUACAACAGUAUCAAACUUCAUGGAGCAAAGUUUUGGGUUUGCAGUCAAUUGUUAUAACUGUAAAAUGUGUAGGUUGUUUCUGUAGAGUCCUAAUGACUGGUUGCUACGUUAUUGAGUAAACAUGCCAUUUGAUCAAUUAGUUGGUAAAAACAAUGUAUCGGAAAAAAUAUCCUUUGGAUUGUUGCCUGUGUUGCUUUUGUUUGCUGGCCUGGAUAAUGACAGCCUGAGAUAUUGCAGUAUCUUUGCAAUAUCUCAUAAAAUGAGUGAGUAUGGGCUUCUGAUAAUUCUCAACAUGGUGAAUGUGCAGAUUUAUUGAAGUAAUCAGUUGCAAUUAACAUUAAUCAAGGGCGGUGCCAAGAUUCUGGAAAGUUAAGAGUAGUGUAUUUGGGAAACCUAUCAACAUUCAGAAUUGGUAUAUGUAGUAUUUUGAGCUGAUUAAAUGUAUAUUUGCUACAAUUAGAGCUGUUUAAGGUGUUAAAAAACUUAAGAUUGACGCAAAAGGCUGGAAUAACCUAGCAGGUCAGGCAGCAGCUUUAGAUAAAAUGGAUAGGUGAUGUCACCAAUCCAUGUUCUCCAGAGAUGCUGCCUGACCUGCUGAGUUACUCCAGCAUUUUGUAUCUAUCUUUGGUACGAACCAGCCCUGCAGUUCCUUGUUAUUACAUUUUGUUUAAACUUGUUAGGUUUGCUUGAUUAUGGCUUAAUUUGAACAUUCAGAUUUAAUUUGUACAUUUUUCUUUGAAAGAGAGAAGGGUGUUACAAGUUUUGGGAAUGAUUUGGGAAAGCAGGACACAGCUUUUGGUAUGAGUUGAUAAUGCAGUUGGCUAUAAAAUGUAAGCUAUGUACUGUAUUGAUGAAAAUUCAAAUGUCAAACUUGCCAGAUGUGUAGGAGCAGCUAUUGAUCAUGUGUUUAAAAUACAGACUUGGUUUGUUUAGGAAUUGAGUGUAUUUAAUCUGUAAACUGGAAGCUGCACACUGCAGUCUUGUGAAUAUCAGCCAUUAUUUAUUUCACCUGUUACAUUAAAAUAAAUAUUUAUAUCCCUUGCCAAGCAUCUGGUAUAAGACUACUGUGACCAUGCUCAUCUCCAGGCCAAGUUUGAAAACACAAUUGGAUACCUUCUUUGAGUUUGUAAACUUGCUUCAGUUUUCUCAGGGGGUGCCUCCUGAAUAUCCAAAUUCCAGGUUUAUGCCAAACAACUAUGUUAAAACCACUUGCCUUGAAAAGAGAUUGGGUGGUAAUUGGAAUUAUCUACAGUUUUUGUGCCACCUUUUUGCUUUGGGAAGUCAAAAUCUUUGCAAUAUUCGCACUUCCCUCACUCCCUCGAACAAUAAAAUUAUUUCUGGAAGUACUUCUUGUGGCAGUUGGGAGACAAACUGCGUGUUAAAUCAAUCCAUUUACUAGCUGGAUUUAGAUCCUAUUUGCUAUUAGCUUAGUUAUUGACUGGGCAUGUGAUGGAGAUUUUCAUGCUAAUUUUAGAGGUAUUUAUCCAUGUGUAUUUGAGAUCGAUUUGAAUUUACAUGAUUAGGGUUAGGGUUACGACUCUGAGGCUGAGUAAGGUGCAGCUGAAUGUUACGUUAUUUGUGAUUGAGACUUUAGAAUUUAAAAUGCACUGGGAAGAGGACAUUUAAUUUGUUGGGAUAUGAGGAGGAAAAACAGAAGAAGAAAAAACUUGAAGCAAGUAUAAAAUUCACACUAACUUUAUUAAAAAGGAAACAUUUAAUUAUUUUUUUAAAAAUUGAUAACCUUGGUGCUUUGGCAAGGGAAUAGUUGUCAAUAUUUUAACAGAUUUGAUAUUAUUUGAACACUUUAAUACACAUGUACUAGCAUAUAGUUCUACAGUUUAACAUUUACAUUUUUAAAGAAAAUGGCAUCCAUUGUGAAUUUGGGAUACAAAUCAUUAUGAAGUGGGGCUUUUCUGUGCUGGGAGACUGCAUUCUAUAAUCGGCUAAUCCAUUUCUCUCUACUGCUGUGGCAAUCAGCUUGGCUGUAUUGGGAAGAUAAAUUGCACAACAGGUAUUGGAGAACCACUCUGAACUUGGAUUUUGUUUGAGAGUAAUUGGUGUUGUUUUAAAUUGAUAGUUUUAAUUUUGGUUGUAGUUCUGGAAAAUCAGCUCUAAUGGAUCAGUCUACGAGAUACCUGAAGAGUGUGUAUUGCGGUAAAGAUCAUACCAGUUGGGCACACAGUUAUGAUAGCUUGGUUUAAUUUAACUUGGUUCUCUCACACUGACGGUCUUACAAUUUCCAUUGCUUCAGACCAGACAGUUUCUAGUGUGUACAUAUUCAACAUCAUAACUAUGGACUCAGAACCAGAUUUUCAAAGAUUUUACAGUAGGACAAAGAUUAAGUGACUAAAAUUUAGACAUCAAAAUUACCUGGUUGCAUACUGUAGUUUAAUAAUUUAUUUUUAAAAUAAUCCUCAUUGGGAUUAUCUCAAAACAUUUUCUGAACUGGUAACUCUUGUGCUUAUUUGAGAAGGAUCUCGACCUGAAACGUCACCUAUUCCUUCUCUCCAGAGAUGCUGCCUGAUCCGCUGAAUUACUCCAGAUUUUUGGCUCGUGGUCUUUGCUAAAGAGUAAAGGAAAUAAUAAAAAGAACAAACCUAGUAUGAGGUUUGGGACUUUUAAAAAUAUCUUUGAUGGUUUAAGCAUUUCUACAUGAAUUGGAAACACUGGACGACUGAAAUUUGUUGCACUUUUGUAACCAUGAAAAGAUUAAACAUGUUCAUUGUAGGAAAGCCUUUCAGUGCUAGAGUUAACAAUUGUGUUCCAUAUAAUGUCCUUUGUGCUCAUUUUAUACUCAUCUUUAUAACAGUACAAUAUGUUGGAAAUUAUACUGAAUUUUAUGGAAUGGCUAAUGAAUAACUUGAAUUGGGUGGAUCUUUUGAUGGGCGGGGAUUGAGAAUGAUUUUUCUUUUUUUUUUAAAUGCUGAUCUCUAAUUUUAUAAACGUGGUUACUAAAAUCAACAAUGAAAAUCUAAAAUUCUGUUACAAAUGUGAAGUUCAAUCUGGAUUCAAAUAAAAGGGCUGUAAAAUGGAUUUAAAAUAACUUCCUUACUCAAAGCAAUCCCAGUUGCUUAAUCUUUGUAAGGAAGAAAGUGUAUAUUGUAGUAUUGACCUAAACAGUUCUUCAAUGUCAAAGAUGAAUGUAUUCUUCAUUUCAAACUCUAUGGUGUAUUUAAAGCUGGGAUUUAUUUGUUGCUAUCAAUACUGCACUUUAGGUUUAAAUUUCACUGGCAAAUUAUUUCAUAAAAACAGAAAACUAACAUUUGCCCCCAAAUUCUUACUGCUGACAAAAGUGUUCAAUGUGAAAAUGCUGUGAAAUUUAAAGAGUGUCUGAGUAUAUUCCAUAUGUUGAUGUAUCCCAUUACCUAUUUAUUGUUUGAGGAAUGGAGCUUUCACUAACCAUAUUGCUACAAGCAUCUAUAACCAUAGAUAUUUUGGGAUUUUCUGGUUUCAAUCGUGAGCAGAACAGCAAAUAAUAUUCCUUCAAGGAUACUGUAAGCAAAUUUCACACAAUUAAAAAAAAAAACCCCAAAAAAUUAACACUAGUAGCAUUUCAUGCUACUGCAAUUUAUCAUCAAAAUUCAAAAACAUCCAUUUGCCAACUAUGCAAAUUUUUGAUGAGGCCUUCCUGUCAGGAUUCUCUCCGUUAGUAUUUCAAUGUUACAAGGCAUCUUCGUCUAGUGCAUUUUUGUACAAUUUUUCUACAGAUAUUUUGAUAUAUAAUGCUUAAAUGUGCAAUUUAGCAGGGAAAGAGUUUCAAUUUGAAUAGAUUUGAGCUGUUAUAAUUUGCAAUACUGUUGCUGACAAUAAUUCUGUGGAGCAACCACAGGCUAACACAGCUCAUUUUCAAGUGCUGACAUCACGCUGCUAUAAGUACGAUGACUUCUGUAUUUUUAACUUGUAACUGACACUUAUUUUACAUAUGUUUUUUGCACUUGUGGCCAUUCCUUGCAAAGAUAUAACAACAGACUUCCUGUGGAACAAAUAAAUCUAAAUUCUAAUGCACUCCUGUUUUUUCUUCACACAAGUGCCAAUCCGACCGUGAGUCCAUGAAGAUUUGGGUUUGUGUCUUGAACAAUUUUUGUUUACUUGAAUGAACACUUUUUUAAUGAAUAUGUGGCUACUUGCUGCUCUUUAUUCCUUAACUGCCACAAAGACAUGACUUGGGUAAUAUUAACAUUGGGAAGUAUCAAUCUUACAUGCACUAGUAUAUUGGUUAGGUAGGUUUGGAAUAUAGUUGAAAAUCCAACUCUUGAUGCCCGUGACCAGGAUAUUUUAUUUGCUGUUUUGCAACCAAGUGUAGGAGGUUUAAUAUUUUACAAUUGUUUGAACAUGUAGCUUAAAAAUACAUAACCAAAAAAAGUAUUUCUAUUUAUUUUCGUACAUAUUAUGACAAGGUUUUGUUUACUUGGUCCUACAGAUGUUUGUAAAUUUAAUGUCCAUGUCCAAAUUAAUAUGCAUCAAAACUGAAUAAAACUGGUUCUCUUUUUCCCAU